CUAGGAGCUGGGGAUUCAGCAGUGAACCAGACAAGUUCUCACCCUGGAGGAACCCACAGUGUGUUAGAGCCCUUGGCGGAGUGGUACUGUGCCAGGAACCCGGAGCCUGAGAGCCGGGAUCUAAAUCCUGGUUCUGCCACUUGCUGGCUGUGGGCACAUGUGUAGCACUUAGCACUCUAUGAGUGUAAAAUGUGUUAGUAUUGUUUUCUUUGGGUCUCUCGGUUGUCCCUUCCUCUAGGAAGCCCUCUCUGAUUGCCCCAGACUGGUCCUGACGCCUCUUCUGGGAUCCCACAAGUCUCUGUGCUUCCUCACCCAUCUCUAAUCCCUUUGCUUGGGCCUCCUCCACCCUGGCCUUGACCUUACUGGGCCAUCAUUGUUUGGUAAUGGCUAGAUUUCCCCUACCUGGCAGGGAGCCUGAUCACUGGACCUGAGCUUUCCUGCCUGCUGUGUCCCCGGAAUCACCCAGCAUAGGACUGUGCACACAGCAGCCACUCAAACAUAUAGUGAACGCAUGAAGGUUAGGGACAUUGGCAGUCCGUGUGUUCUCCACCCUGGAGGUGGGGAUUCCAGAGAUGGGAAUUACUGGCGAGAUCCCCGUGAUCUCAGCCCCAUCCCCCCUCCAUCCCCUGCUCAGGUUGAUAGAACCUGCCUGCCGCAUGGAACCCGGUGUAACAGCGCCCCAUUGUGGUCGCCUCCCAUUUCAGAAUCCUGUGCAGAUGAGGCCCCCGCGGCCCAAGGCAGGGGGGUCAGGCGGGAUCCCAACCCGGGUUACCUGGGGUCCGACCCUGGCCCCCAUGAAUAACCCGGCACGGGCCCCAGCCCCCUCCCCUGUCCGGCCCUCGGCCUCGCUGCGACCCUUGGCCUCAGUUCGGGCCUCGACUCCGGCCAGGGGUUCGACCCUGGCCAGGACCUCCCUCCUGGUCCGGACUCCCAGUCUGGUCCCGGCCUCGGGUCCGGGUCCGAUCCGGACCCCGACUCCAGUACGGACGCCGACUCCUGUCCGGACCCCGACCCCUGUUCGGACCCUGACCCCCGUCCGGACGCCAACUCCGGUCCGGACCCCAACACCGCUUCGGACCCCGACUCCGGUCCGGACCCCAACGCCGGUUCGGACCCCGACUCCGGUCCAGGUGCCGACCCCGGUCCGGGCGCCGACCACGGUCGGGACCCCAACGCCGACCCUAUCUCAGGUCCUGGUCCCUGCUUUGGAAUCCCUCCCGAACCCAGCCCUGUCUUCUUUGGAUCCGCUCCUGGAACCUGAUCCCGAACUCACUUUGUCGCCUGAUGAGGAUCCUGCGCCAACCCCGAGGGCGAAGCACCUCCCACUGGUCGCCAAUGGAUUCGUUCCGGUCCAGGAGCCCCUUCCUGCGCUUUCUCCGUUGGCCACGCCAGGGGCUGGGGCCGACUCAUCCACCACCAAGCUGACAGAUUCCACUUCUGGACAUGUCCCAGGGACGCCCAUCCUGGCGACCAUCCCAUUGGCCGUCGCCUUACCGGUUUCUACGAACGCAUUGGCCUCCACCAGCGAGAACAUCCAAGUGGACAACAAGAUCCUGAUUCGAGUCGUCUACUGUGGCCUCUGAAGCUACGGCCUCCGGUACAUCCUACUGAAAAAGAGUCUGGAGCAGCAAUUUCCAAACUGUCUAGUCUUUGAGGAGGACAUAUCUGCCCAGGCGACCGGGGCGUUUGAAGUGUUUGUGGAUGGAAAGCUGGUCCAUUCGAAGAAGAAAGGCGAUGGCUUUGUGGAUGAGACCAAGCUGCAGAAAAUUGUGAGCCAUAUCAACGAGGAGAUCAAGAAAAGGUAGCAGGGAGCUGGUGAGCUGGAGGAGCCUCAGCAGGAUGGCGAGAAGGGCUGAAAUGUUGCCAAGUCAGG